UGUUAUUUGACUUUUUGACUAUUAUAGUUAUUUGAAAUUAUACGAGUUAGCCGGUACGUAAUUAAAGAAGUUAAAUAGGAAUUUUGUAAAUAAAAAUGUACAAGAUUAACAAAAGGCCAACAAGGAAAAGAAAAGAUUGUCAAAAAGCGAGCGAAAAACGUGCUGGCCAAUCGAGAAAAUUGGAGGGAAAUAAUAUAUCACAACGUCUCACGAUACCACCUGAAUUCUUUCGUACUGGAGUUGUAGCUUCUACUUCUUAUAAUAGUUCAAAAGGCAAAGAAUCCAAAGAAGGGAAAGAUAAUUGCGUCGUGGAUAAUUUUCAUGGACUUUUUGAUAAAUGUUUGAAUAUAAGAAGAUCUGAAAGGAUAAUAAAAAAAUCUGCUCAAAAAACGAAUCAUAAUCAUAUAGUUGGUGUAAGUGGUCAAGAGAACUUGAGUAAUUCCAGUGACGAAAUAAAUUAUCCAGUACCUAUUUCCGCUCCAAAAGAAGAUUUCCAAGGAGUUUUUAAUAAUGGUUUAAAAUUGAAUUCAUAUGAAAACCACGACAUUUUAAACCCGCACAAUCGUGAGGAGAGGAAGGGAAAACACACCCUGAAACGAUCCAAAAGCAUAUUUGACGAAAUCAACGACUUGUAUAUAAAGUCGAGUCAAAAAUUAAAACGCCAGUUAAGUAAUACGUCACAUGAAAACGAUUUCAACUUAAAAUUUUGCAGUUUAUUACUUAAACAGCUCGAUAAAAAUAUCGCGUUCAGUCCGAAGACUUUGUUAGCUUGCAAAUCAAAAAUAUUUUCGGAAAUUAGGAAGCUGGAGAACAUUCUGUCUGGAAAAGUCAAGAUGGAGACGAGCUGUCCAGAAAAACGUAGAGAAUACUAUUAUGAACAGGAAGAAAGUGACGAUACUAAUUGGGAAUAUUAUUCGAAAUCAGAAUGGGUGUAUCAGACGCCAGAAAGACAAAAAAUGAUACCACCUAGAGUUGAAGAGAAUCAAUUAAUGCAACCAGCCGUUAUAUAUACUACCAAAAAACACACUCAAAUAUUCGAACUGAACGCGAACGUAGGUGAUUUAAGUAAUGUCGAAGGAAGAAACGACGUAGUAUACAAUAAAAAAUUUAUGAAUCAUUUAGUUACCUUAAAUAAUACUGAAGAAAUGGAUGUAGAUAUGGGACCCUGUCCCAGUACAUUAACUUUUCCAAUUCCAAAUUAUUUUCCUAGUCAAAAUGCUGCAGCUUGCUGUGAUAAUGCUUUUAGUUUUACCCAACCCAAAGAAAAAGACGACUUUAUGAACGUUUUCGCACGACCUUCAAAAAAGUCGAACAGAGAAACACUGCAAUUCCCUUCUGAAUCGAAACGUAAAUUAGAAGAAAACAGUUUUAGUGCUCGAAGAGCAAAAAACGUCAGAAACAUUGCCGAUGAAAAGCGAUCCGCAAUUAAGAAGAAACUCCGUAUGUCCUCAUCGGAUGCAUUUCAAUUAAACAUGCCCAAAUUUAAGCUAAAUCAACCGGAUUUUAGUCAAGAAGUUGACGGUGGUAAUGAUUUUUCCUUCAUGGAGUCCGAUCCAGUUGUAGGGUUCGAUUUUAAAAAUCUACCGUGCUGUAGCACAAAUCAAAUGGGGUUUUGAAUUUUAAAUAAAAAAAAAUAGAUUAACCUAUUGUUUUGUAUAAAUAAAGACUAACGACAUA